UACUGUGUGAGCUGUGAUUGGUCACAGCUUGUCACAUGGUACAAGACUGUUGUGAAUAGCCCUGUACCAUGUGACCUCUGUGAUCAUUCACAGAUUUCACACGUAGUAAGCAAUGAUGUCACAAGUGACAUCUUGUUUACUACUCUGCAUGCGAUCACCGAUUGGCCAAAUCAGUGAUCACAUGAUCAGGACCUCGCAGAGAGGUCCCGUACGACGACGAUUGGCGUUUCACUGUGUCCUGAGGACACAGCGGCACCAGAUGACGGUGCUGCGUGCUCCCAGGGAGCGCACACAAGCAGGGGAGCAGGGAGGCCAUUUAUAAACGGCAACUCCCCCCUGCACUGCCACCGUCCGGCCGUUUAUAUACAUGGGCCAGAUGGGAGGUGGUUAA